AUGUCCCCCCUCAGAGGCUAUAUCACGUCCUAUCCUCCGCGAAUACGCCAGUACGGGAACGCAUUACUCACGCCAGUCAUUCCGCAGACUCAAGUUGGUCCGACGCCGCGAACGACAAAACGAGGCACUACUGCGGUGAACUAUGCCGAGGAUGGCUUCGACGAUGAUGACUUUGAGGACAGUGAAGGCCCCAGAAGGCCCACAGGUCUAAGAAGUCUACGGCGCGAAGAGUCGGCAACAGACAAGACCCCCCUGGCGGAGAAGUUGGGAAAAGAAAUCCAUGCUCCUGUGGAGGUUCAGGGAGUUUUCCGCGACUGGAUGAUUAAGAGGAUGUUGCGACCAGCUUGUGCCGACCAGCUACAAAUUCAAGCGCAACUCCCCCUGACUCUCAUCCCGAUUCGUAUCGACUUGGAGGUCCCAGCGCAUCAGCCUCUCGAGCCAUUUCCCAUGCCGCGUGGCGUGGUGGAUCCCGGUAUCAACCCUACCCUUCCCGGAUAUCGAAGACCAGAUCCCCUGCCCGCCUUCCGCAUCAAAGAUACGUUUCUGUGGAACCUUCAUGAAGCUCUGGCGACUCCUGAAGAAUUUGCCAUGGGCUUCGUGCGAGACUUGGACCUACCGAACCCUCAAGCGAUGACUCUGGCAAUCAGCAAUCAGAUACGCCAGCAGUUAGAGGAGUACGCGGGUGUUGCGCUACAUCCAUUAUUUCAAAGUACACAAUCGUCGAAGCCCGCUCCGACUUCGCAGACAAAUCCAUCUCGGGAUGUGUCCGCAACGCCAGUUCCUACGCAAGCUGCAACACCAGACAACAGGGCGAUUGGUGUUUCGGUAACAAAAGAAGCACUAGUUAACGACAGUAUACUAAACCCGGAUGAUGCAUAUCGGUGCCUAAUCAACCUCAACAUCAAUCUGCAGAACAGGCUGUACACAGAUAAGUUUGAGUGGUCCUUGUUACACCCUCCCGGCAUGGCAGAGGAAUUCGCGCAGGUCACCUGCGCCGACCUAGGCCUGGGCGGCGAGUGGGUUGGAGCCAUUGCGCAUGGUAUCUACGAAGCUGUCUUGAAAUUGAAGAAGGAAGUGUGUGAGAGCGGAGGGAUGAUCAGUGGCAUGGGUGGGUAUGGAAAUGAGAUCGAUAACCAAGCUGCCAAUGGCACCGAGGCUGGUUGGCGGUAUGAUCCCGAAGGACUAGGCGAUGAAUGGGAACCUAAGGUAGAGACUCUUUCAAAGGAAGAGAUUGAGAAGCGAGAAGGAGACCGCGAGCGCCAGAUCAGACGUCUACGACGAGAAACAGCCCGGUUCUCUUCCACCGCCGGCAUCACACCAGAUAUGUCGCGGCAGGGCAGUGGUUAUUUCGACGUCGAUAGUGAGACACCGCUGGGUAGAGGAGAACGUAGCAAGCGAAAGAGGCGCUUCCGCAGCCUCAGCCCGUCGGGAAGGGGAGGCACUCCUGGUGGACGGGGCACACCAGAUACCGGUUCGGGGGCUGGAUAUGGCGGAGGUGGAGGUACAUUAUCGGAUUGGGAACGUCAGAGUUGGAGAUGCAGCAACUGCAUGGUAUGGGGUUCUGCGGUCUGGGCAGUACGAGAUGGUCCUGCUGGUCCAAGGACUCUUUGCCACAAUUGCGGCCUAUUGUACGAACGUGACAAGGUCACCCCGGAGUGGUCAAGAGAUUUGCAUCGCCACGAUGUACCAGUUGGUCGGUAG